CGGGCCCGCAAGAUGGCGGCGCCCAGUAGCCGGUGAGGGGCGAGGACGCGGGUGUCCCGGUGGGGAGGCCAGGCUGCUGCAUUAUGGCCGCGUGCCCGCACACACUUUCUUCACGUCUCCUGACAGGUUGGGUAGGAGGAUGUGUCUGGUAUCUAGAAAGAAGAACUGUACACCAGUCCCCCCACACGUUUAUGCACAUUCUCAGAAAUGUCAAUAAGCAGUGGAUUACAUUUCAGCACUUUAACUUCCUCAAACGAAUGUACGUCACACAGCUCAACAGGAGUCUCAGCCAGCAAGUCAAACCGAAGCCAGAGCCAGUAGCUUCUCCCUUCCUUGAAAACACUUCUUCAGGUCAAGCCAGAGAAGAAGUAGAUGAGAUGAGGUCUCUCUCACCUCCCAGCCUGUUGUCGUCCCAAAGGCCAAACACAAAGGAGCUGAUGGAACUCGCAUCCGUCCCCAUAGUUGAAGGUGCCGUAGAUGUGGGGAAAGAGGCAAAAGAAGAAAAGCAGUGGAAAGAGAUGAAGAUUCAGGUGGAUGAUUUGCCUGGGAUUUUGGCUCGACUGUCCAAAAUCAAACUAACAGCUCUCGUUGUGAGCACCACCUCGGCGGGCUUUGCCCUGGCACCAGCUCCUUUCGACUGGCCCUGUUUCCUGCUCACUUCUCUGGGAACAGGCCUCGCUUCCUGUGCUGCCAACUCCAUCAACCAGUUUUUUGAGGUGCCAUUUGACUCAAACAUGAACAGAACAAAAAACAGGCCUCUGGUUCGUGGACAGAUCAGCCCACUGCUAGCUGUGUCCUUUGCCACCUGUUGUGCUGUCCCAGGAGUGGCCCUUCUGACCUGGGGGGUGAAUCCACUCACAGGAGCCCUGGGGAUCUUCAACAUCUUCUUGUACACCUGCUGUUACACCCCACUGAAGAGGAUCAGCAUUGCCAACACAUGGGUUGGAGCUGUGGUUGGGGCCAUCCCACCUGUCAUGGGCUGGACUGCAGCCACUGGCAGCCUCGAUGCUGGAGCACUUCUUCUAGGAGGAAUCCUGUACUCCUGGCAGUUCCCCCAUUUCAAUGCCCUGAGUUGGGGCCUCCGUGAAGACUACUCCCGGGGAGGUUACUGCAUGAUGUCUGUCACGCACCCCAGCCUGUGCCGGCGCGUGGCACUGCGCCACUGCCUGGCCCUCAUCGCCCUGUCCACCGCUGCCCCCAUCCUGGACGUCACCACGUGGGCCUUCCCCGUCAUCUCUCUUCCCAUCAACCUGUACAUUUCCUACCUCGGCUUACGCUUCUAUGUGGAUGCAGACCGCAAGAGCUCCAGGAGACUGUUCUUCUGCAGCCUGUGGCACCUGCCGCUGCUGCUGCUGCUGCUGCUCACGUGUAAGCGGCGGCCGGGCGGGGACCUGCAGGGAGCGGCUCCCAGCUGAGCACAGCUCCCCAGGAGCAGCCAAAGCGGUAACGCGGACAUGCAGUCCUUCCCCUCUGCUGUUAGCCGAGGAUAUGCUGUAAUUCUGAUGCUCAAGAAGAGAAAUGGGUGGUUUUAGUACUGAACUGUAAAAUCAUUUGGUGCUCAGUGAUCACUUACCAGUUCUUUUUAUAUGGAUAUACAAACUGCUUCCCAAAUAGGAAAUGAGCUGGCUCAGUCAGUUAAUCCAAAGAAAGAACAUUUUUCUCUUUGAUGUCUUUAUGCAGUUUCCUUCCACCUCCACCUCCUGUGUUCUUCUCACAUGGCUGUACGUGCACACCUUCCUUCUCUGCCCUGCCCCCCACUUCCCGCCUGUCAUCACAGUGCCCACUUACAGUCACAUAGGUGAGUGAGACCUCCAUAGGCCGCCUCAGAGGAAAUGCACACUGUGGCUACAGCUCCCCUUCCUCACAUGAGUAAGCCCCACCCCAGCCUUCUCUUCCCCACGCAUAUUCUGAGUAUUCCCUCAAGUUACAGUACUUGAAAUGGACUGCGCACAGCACUGGGAGCAAGAGUUCCAAACAGCAAGUCACAGGCUGGACUGCCAGCACCCACUGCCACCCAUCCCGCCCAUGACAUACCAGCAUUUUUUCAGAAGCUCCAAGGAAGCAGGAGAGUGCAUGUAAAUCAUUUCAAAAUGCAAUCAAUUCAAAAUGCAAAAAGCAUUCCUUUCUGGAAGAGCAGCACCACACCUACUUCCAGAAACCCCCAGCUCUGCGCCUGUGACGGCACCUGCCUCAGCUUAGUGCAGAUGAUCCGCUCCUCUGCUGCUGGCUCGCUCAGAGCUGUGGGAGAAUGGAAGCCGGAAGAAAGGGUGAGAUGAGCCACCGGCACACACAGCUCAUGUCCUUGCCUCUUUCAUGCAAAUCCCAUGUCCAUCCUGGUACCUCCUGAGUUCAGAAUUCACCUCCUUGUGUCUAGUAGUAUUCAGGCCCAGAAGCCCAGCAGGGCCCUCAGUGGGGUUGGGUACAAUUCUUAGAGAGUGGCCUCUGGCACCAAAUGGUUAUUUAUGGGGGUUUCAUCCCUGUCUACGACUGUGCAGGUUUUCAGAGUCCUCAUUGCCUGAAGGAGUUGGAACUCAGUGGGACACUUUAAUUACUUAGUUUCCCAGAGUACUGUGCCCUGUCAGGAUUCACUUAAACAGUUGUUGCAUUUAGGACUGUUCUGUAAAAAAUGUUGAAGGCAGGGGGUGUGGCCCAGUGGCGGAGUACUUGCUUGGCUGUGCUGGGUGCUCAGGCACCACAGCCAAAGUAUCUAAAGGCAUUGCAAAUAGUGCUCAAUGCCAACUUCUACUUGGCUGUUUCCAUGUUACUUACUGUGGCCAUAUGGCAUUAAAAGUCUGAAAUGCAUCUACACCUUGCUGCAACCCUUAAAUUUGUAAAACGUGUUGAUUCUCCUGUUGCAAUAAAACAGUUACAAGAACA